AUCACAGCCAUUGAUAUUUUGGUCUAUAAAAAUCACAAUCACAAAUUUCAAUACACAAAAUCUUAGGGUUAGCCAAGUUCCAACCUUUGCCUCUUCCUUGAUCCAACCUCUCUCAAAAUAAAUAAAUAUAUUUUACAGUUUUUUUUUCCAUUGUAAUAAUGAAUUUUUUUUUCUAGCUCAAGAACAGCACAGAACAGCUAAAUAAAAACAAAACCUUUUUCUCUGACAAAGGCCGUUGUCUUUAUCAAAACCUGGCUAAAGAAAGGCCAGCAUCUCUUAUGCAGGUUAGGAAUUGGGUUUUCCUAGUUGGCGAAGAUUUUGGUUCACUCUGGCCGCUGCAACAAACUCAAAGCAUUCUCACACCUCUAGGAGGGUGUGGGGUGAUAAUGAGGGUGUGAUAUUUCUUUGUGCUUUAAGGCGAUCAAGAUCAUCUCAUGUUUGGAGGCUGUGUCGUGUUUCAGAGGGCUUGUCACUUGAUUAUGGCUAAGUUUUUCUAGGUUGCUGUAAGCUUGAUGAUAGUUGAAGAUAACAAGUUAGCAAAGUCGGGUCUUCUGGGCUCCUGGAGUCUGGACGUUAGGAAGAAGAAAUACCAUAGUUGCUUGCUGAUAGCAUUCUUUAUGUAAUUCAAGUCUUGGCAAUUGUGGACGUGUAGCUUGUGUUAGUGUUGUUACAAUGGUUAGGUUCUCAUGCUUCAGUGUUCGCAUCCAUUCUCACAAAUCAAAGAAAACAGCCCAACCUUCUGAUGAAGCAAGGCAUAAGAGUUUAGAAGAUCUAUCUCAAAUUCAAGCUCUGCCAUUGACUAAAUCUUCAAGCUUAAUACUUCCAAAGGCACAAGCGGGUAAUCAAAUUAGUAAUGGUGUCAGGGAUGCUACAAGAGCUGAUGUAUCUCUUGAACAAAGCUGGAAUUCUGACAAGACUGAGAACAAAAUGGAUGACAAGAAUGACAUCGGAGCCCAUCAGACAAGGCUUAUUAGGAAAAGUCAGUCUCUAGGUAGUGGAUUAUGCCAUGAAGGAAGGGUUCUAUGUGACAAUGAUACUGAGGAGAUAGAUCAAGGAGUCUAUAGUGAUUCCCUUGAUCAGAAUGGGUUACUCAGACCAGAUGGAAGCAAGGAUUCAGGAAUAAGCACAACUAGUGAGCAUGAGAAAGCCCUGCAACUAGGAUCUUUUCAUGGGAGUAACGGUUUUGUUAAGAAGGAAUGCAUAUUCUCAAUUGACAAUCGUCAUUAUUCUGAAAAGGAAGGACCUGAAAAUUCUGAUACUCCAUUUUCUGGUGAUGGUGGCAAUUUAUCUGGUAACCAGUCACCUCACAGCCCUCCUAUGUUCGAAAAGUCAUGCUCCUUUUCAGACAUGGGCCCUUAUGCACUGACUUCCCAUAGACAUUCUUAUGAAUAUUUAGCACCACAAUCAAGAUCUUCUGAGGACCUACAUGCUCUAGGCAUGAGGUUGACAACGAUUUCAAUUCAGGGGGGUGAAACUCGGAAAAUGAAAGAGCAAGGAAGGGAUGAUAACAUGCCUAAUACUGAGGAAAACAAUAGUGGAAGUUGUAUUGAUGAAGGUUUUGAGUCUUAUAAUUACUCAGCUUUGGCACAGAACUGGAUAAUGCCGGUUAUGGAUGAGGUGAACUUGGCAAAAGAUCUUCAAGGGGAAUCCUCCACUCAGCAGUGGGAAGAAUUGCCGAGUAAGGAUUUUAAAAUGAAGCGUAUCAAGGAUUGGGUAAACAAUCUUCAACACUUUGGCCCUUUGGAAGAAACAAAUGGAUUGCCUGGUACUGAUGACCCGGUAAAGGGAGAUUCCAAUGAUUUGACUUCUGCAAAGGUUGAUAAUAAGGACACUCCUGGCAUAGAAGCUGCUAAAAGAUACAUCUCUUCUUUGAGUGUCUCUGCUACCACGGCUCAUCUGUCAAACCAUGGGCUGGCAGUGAUCCCGUUUCUUGGUGUAUUUGGUAGCCUAAGGAUGCUUAAUCUAUCCGGGAACUCUAUAGUGAGAAUAACAGCUGGUGCCCUCCCUCGAGGACUUCAUAUGUUGAAUUUGUCAAGAAACAAUAUUUCCACCAUUGAGGGUUUACGUGAGCUUACCCGCCUUCGUGUACUUGAUUUGAGCUACAAUCGUAUAUUCAGAAUUGGACACGGUCUGGCAUCAUGUUCCUCCUUGAAAGAGUUAUACUUGGCAGCAAAUAAAAUAAGCGAGGUAGAGGGUCUCCACCGUUUGUUGAAACUGUCUGUGCUGGAUCUGCGUUUCAACAAAAUCUCGACAACCAAAUGUCUAGGCCAACUUGCAGCCAACUACAGUUCCUUGCAAGCCAUCAGCUUGGAAGGAAAUUCGGCCCAGAAAAAUGUUGGAGAUGAACAACUCAAGAAAUAUCUGCAAGGCCUUCUUCCCCAUCUGAUUUACUUCAAUCGGCAGUCAAUUAAAGCCAGCACUUUGAAAGACACUGCCGAUCGAUCAGUUAGGUUAGGCAUCAGCAGCCAUCAAUUUGAUCGUGGCCUCAGGUCAGAUAACAAGGCUGUGAGAAAGGCUAGCCAUGGUCUUGGUGGUGCAAGGCCAUUACCUUCAUCAACUCAUGCUCGUAAAAGUCAACCUGUGAUCUCAACUAAACGGUCAAGUGGAAGGCAUCUCCGUUCACAACCAAGUGGAACCCAAGCAACAACCAGUCUUCGUCAUCAUGAUCUUGGUAGCAAACUCCUGAACUUUAGAUCAGAGUCGUCCUCUGUUCACAGGAGUCGAAGUGAGGGGACACUGGGAGCUUUCUAGGAGAUUCUAUUAUACUUUCAAAAGUCCGGCUGGAUCAUUACUUUGGUUAUAUGGGGUUUCCUAUCUCAGAAUUAUUUGUUACUCAAGGCAGUUGCUUGUUAUGCACUAGAAUUAUCCUAUGUUUUGGUUUACCCUGAUCGCGAGUGGUGUUUAUUUUCUUGCA